AUGAAGUUUUCCUUGAAGGCUGCUGCCCUCAGCGCUCUUGUUGCCUCGACCGUGCUCGCUGCUCCCGUUAUUGAGAAGCGUGAUGCCAAUUCUGACCGUAUUGCUGCGUGCUUCGUCGGCCUCAUCUUUACGGGAUCCUGGUCCGGAAGCUGCAAGGCUGCAAUCGCUGUUGACUUGGGCUUGAUUCGCUCGAUUGCCAUCAACCAGAUGACCAUGGACUUUACGACCGCUAACCCUUGGGCUCCCACCAUGGCGUCCAACAGCGUCGUUGCCACCAUGAUCUCCAUUCCCGGCAUCACCCUCCCCAUCGACUCCGUCCGCCAGCAUGUCAUCGUCAUCGACAACGGCGUUCAGCUCGGAGCUUUCGAUACCCCCUGGAGCACCGCCAGCGUCAAGGGUGCCGUCAUGACCACGGCCUUCACCACCUCGGCUCUCAACGUCUUCCCCGACUCCAAAGCGGCCUUCUCCAGCUUUGUUGGCGCCCUCUCGACCAAGGCUUCCCAUCCCGUCACCCUCAAGGGCUCCGUCGACGCCAAGCUCAACCUCGGCAUUUUUGGCCACUUGACCAUCCCCGGUAUUGGAUUCAACGCCGUCGUCCCCUUCAAGGGCCUCGACAACCUCAAGAACAUCAAGUACAUCUAUGCCAUCGAAGUCAACCCCUCGAUUGACGGAAACAUCUACCUCACCGCCAUCAUCAGCAUCAACAACCCCUCCCAGCUCACCGUCAACCUCGGUGACGUCUCCUUUGAUGCCUCCCACAACGGCGCCCAUAUCGGUGUCUCGACAGUCAAGAACUUGAAGCUCGUCCCUGGUGAUAACCAGGUCAUCUCUUACACCACCCUCGACAUGUCCUUGACCGCCGCCCAGCAGUUCUCGGACUCCCUUGCCAGUGCCGACCAGAUCAUGUCCCUUGCCGGCUUCGCAGGCUCUUCUGCUAACCCCGCCCUCAACCCUGGUCUGGCAGGAGUCAGCUCUGGAAUCACCAUCCCCGUAUUCUUCCAGGGUUCGUCCAUGUCCCAGAUCCCCUUCAAGAACUGGUCCAUCAGUGUCUCCUCCGCAAAGGUUGCCACCGUCACUGCCACCUUCCAAUCGCCUUACUACGGAUACCCCUACCAGCUGGUCAACGCCAACUUGGACGGAUACCAAAACAAGGUCCAGGCCACCGGUAUGUCGGCCAUCUCGACCGACAUGGCCCUCUGGAACUUCAAGAACGACGUCAACUUCUCCGUCUCCGGCUCCGGCACUGCCACCGUCUCCUUCGAGGUCGACAUCCCCAAGAAGCUCCAGCCCCUCCAGGUCACUGCCUUCACCGAUAUGGUCAACUACGGCAAGGCCAACGGAAAGGUCCUCGUCAACUUUGAUUGGGCUCCCGUCAUUAUUGUCAAUGGCGAUGGUGUUGACCGUAUUGUCGACUGGACUUCGAUCGGUAACGGAUUCGACCCUAUCCCCAUUGCCGUCGGCAGUGACUUUGCCAACAUCCUCCUCCAACUCUAA